AUGGUAAGGAUUGGUUUGGAAGAUGAAGGGUCUAAAUUUGUCGCUACAACCGUACAUUUGGAUCAUAUUACUACAGCAUUAAAUUGUUUAACAGCAUUUGGCCUGAAAGAAGAUGUCCUGAUAUAUAUUGAUAAAGACGGUCUAUCAUUUGUCCGUGAGAAUAACCAUGUCAUUAAGAUACAGUUACUGCUAGCCCGAGAGCUAUUUAUGUCAUAUUCUUACAAUGAUCCUAGUGAUGAGAAUGAUAAAGAGAAUAGUGAAGGAUAUAUGAAGCUGUGUGUUAAGAUUAACCAUUUAUUGGAUAGUGUCAAUAUAAUGAAUAAAAAUAUUGACGAUAUUGUGGAAUGUACGUUAUCAUAUGAUGGGAAUGGAUCCCCCUUUGUUCUGAUAUUCGAGGAUUCAAUGAUCUCUGAAAGAGUGGAAUAUAGAACUUAUGUGAUAAAAGAUAUAGAUAAUACCGGUUUAAUACUGGAUAAAGAGCAUAUGAUGUUCGAAUGUAUCAUAAAAGGUGACGUCCUCUAUAGUGCAUUGAAGGAUUUGAAAGAAACUAAUUGUAAAGAAUGUUACUUGUAUGCAAAGACGAUGGAUACAGGUGAAAAUAUAUUUGCACUCAUAUCUAAAUCAGCUUUGGGACUUUCGAAGAUUACUAUACCUGGUAAUAGAUCAAUCCUUGAAAAAUUGGAAGUUUAUAAAGAUGAUUCUACAACAUUGUGUUACAAUGUUCCAGUGAUAGGAUCCUUCGAUUUUGCAACUUUUGACAAGAUUAGGUUAAGUACUAAGAUUGCUAGUAAAGUCUUAUUUAGAAUGGACGUCAAUGGUCUUCUUAGUGUUAAUGUGUUGAGUCAGACAGAUGAUAUACUAAUAUCUGAUAAUAGACAAAAUAGUAGGAAUAAUAAAGAUACACGUAAUAAAUCUACAUCAUCCAGAAAUAUUACUAUGGAUUUACCUAAUGAUUACCCUGGUAUCGUCAGUGAAAUAUGUCUUCUUGAGAAAGAAAUGACAGAUCAAAAUACACAAGAUGAGAUUGAAUUGUUUAUGAAUGUAGAUGAAUUUGGUAUGGUUAAGAAACAAAAUAUUACAGCUAUGCCAAGAUAUGUUAAUCCAAAUGGCAAUGUUAAUAAUAAUAGUACCAACUCUGGGUCCAAUAUAGAGAGUUCAAAUAUAUUAAACCUAACCACAGAACAAACAGAGAUGGUUACCAAAAGUUUCAUGGAUGGUGAAAACAAUGAGAAUACCACCGUUGACGUGAUGAAUAAUGAUGAUGAUGAUGAGGAAGAGCAUAGCAUGACUAAUUCCAGUGUUACAUAUGGUAAUGGAGAUUUACCCUUAUUCUUCUAG